UUGUCUCCUCCUCAACCUAAGGCGAAACAGCAAAAGCGUAAUUCCGCCUGAGACAUCCUUUUUGAAUUCCCUUUGUUCCUUUCCUUUCGUUGAUACCGUCGUCCCAUAUAAUAUCGCAUCGCUCGAGCACAUCGCCACGAAUAGACAUAAUGCCCAUCUCAUUAUUACCAGCUUCGGCCGCCGCAUUUGCGCCGCGUUCGGCGCCGACCAUCGUUCUCAGUUCUAAGGUUGAGCCGUGGUUAACCCAGACGUUAAAGCGGAUAAACCGGGUCAAGCGCCCGCUCAACAGCGUCCCCCAGCACAACCGAUGUCUCACAGAAACCCUGUCCGGCGCGAGCGCCAUAUGGUCGCUAUGUUCCAUAAUGCUCCCCAAAGCCCCAGAUUCGGAACUGCGAAGGGACUCCAACCCGCUGGUUGAAGCGCUGUUCAACUUCCAGUUGGUACAUAUUGAGGCAUAUGUCGUGCACGUCGACAUGGUAUCACAGCAUGAGGUUGCAUUCAAGCUUACGCAAGACACCAUCGAAUCGCUCAUCGAGUACCACAAGGACAUCUACUCGAUCGACGUGUCGGCCAGCACAUGGAACUGGGCUGAAAAGGAAGUACAGCUGAAGAAGCUACAGGAAGAGUUUGUGCAGGCAGUCAACCGCUACGUCUUCCGGACUGGAGUACGGGCUUUGGAGGGAUUGGAGGAGGAGGGUGCGGGAGAACUACUUGAGGGCCGAGGUGAGGACGUCAAGAGUGCUAUCAUGGGACUGUUCCUUCCACUCCUUCCCCCUCCACCAAGGAUUGUCGACGUCGUGCGACCAGCGCCGCUCCUUCCAAGUUCACCAGGAGCUGCGAAUUGGUGGCACCCGGGACAUCACAUCUCACAGCCCCAUCCUGCGCCUGUUGAUUCUUGGAGAGUGGUUCCAUCAACACCAAGCCCAACGAUCGCAACCUGCAGUGAAACACACCCAUCCUUCUGGAGUACAAUGGGCACCAAUGAUAUCCAACUCCCGUCACCGACACCCUCAUUCAGCCAGCCAAUCUACUCCACGAGUCAGUACUACAGCCCACCCCAGGCCACCGCUCCGAUACCCGCCCUCCCAUUGCCCAGCGUGCUCGCCCAGCAAUGCGGGUCAAGCGCUGUGAAUAGUAGCUUCGGCGGCGGAUUCGGAUGGGACACGGGAUUCGCACCACAGUACGCAGCAUUUACGUAAGCGGAUGAGUAAGACUGUGAGUGCGAUCCUCUGUCGAAGCCUGGGAAGUGCGGACCUGGCCAGUCCUACUUCUUCUUCCCUACUACCGCACCAAGGUUGAUGUGCACAACCUUGUGGACGCCCGACAUGAGACGAUGUAUGCGAUGUGCAUGAAGCGAUGUGUACCAACAUCCUACAAGAGCAUGGGACGGCGUUUUCCUCGAUUUUAGCGACUUGCUUUGAGCAGAGCCAUUUCUCUUCUCUCUUCUCUGGUACAAACUUUUCCUUGGAUA